AUGGUCUCGGAGAAUGUGAGUGUUGUACUUCAAAGGAAGCUACCUCCCAAACUUAAGGAUCCUGAAAGUUUUUCUAUCAACAUAACAGUAGGAGACAAGAAGAUGGAAAAGGCAAUGCUAGAUUUGGGAGCGAGUAUAAAUUUGAUGCCAUACUUUGUAUAUCUUCAAUUAGGUUUGGGGGAGGUGAAGCCGACAACAAUGUCUCUACAACUUGCGGAUCGAUCUGUCAAAUAUCCAAGAGGGAUAGUAGAAGAUAUUCUAGUUCAAGUUGAUAGACUAAUUGUUCCUGCGGAUUUUGUAGUGCUCAAUAUGGACGAUACUCCAAUGCAUGAUCGUGAACUUCCUAUCUUACUUGGACGUCCAUUCAUGGCCACCGUAAAUACUUUAAUAGAUGUGAAGCAUGGAGUUUUUACCAUGACAGGCCUAGAUCAAACUGUGCAAUUCACGGUGUUUGAAUCCUUAUCUCAUCCCUUGAGUUCUUUGGAUUGUUUUACGAUUCAUGCAUUGGAUUCUCUUGUUUUCUCUAGUUUCUUAUAG